AUGGUAACUGUUGAACAAAUUAAAGGCCAGGUUCUCAAACCCUAUUUGAAUCGCAAGCAAUUAUCAUUAAAGGAAAGCGAACUGAUCUCUUUAGAAUUGAUUGAUCUGCUUUCCGAGAGUUCAUGUGAUGAUGACCAAACGCUUAAAUAUGUCGGGAGGUUCCUUACGAAAGAUGCAUAUCAAGAUCUCAGCGAGGAACGUAAUUUGAACAAGAAAUGUGUGUAUCCACGUUGCGAGCUACAGCAGGGUAGAUUACGAGACCUAUAUGGGGGUAACAACACUGCAACACGGUUUUUAAAGGAGAAUAAUCCGUAUGCGUAUUUGACGUUUUUCUGCAGUAAAUUCCAUUACCGAUGCUCCCAGUUUUUCCAAGCGCAGUUGAGUGAUGAGGCGCUUUUCGCUAGAACUGGUGUUCUACAGGAUGAAUACGAUCAAGAUGAUCAGAAGAUUACAUUAUUGAACGAAUUGAUUUCCAAUGAGCGGCACGAUAAGAAUGAGUUGGUCAAUAUCAUCAAGGGGUUCGAAAGCAUGCACUUAACGUCUCCUUCGAAAACGUCAGAUAAAGAACUUGAAGAAGACUUGUCAGAAUGGCUUGCCGAUAUUAAAAUUCAAGAAGUGGAAAAACCAGCACCUUGGGGCGAUUUGGGGGUCAGAGGCGAGACAUGA